AUGAAUAUCAUUAUAAAACAAUUAAAAGGUGGCGAAUGUUGUCUAGAGGUAUCUCCAGCGACAAAAAUAUUAGAAAUUAAGAAACAAAUCGCUACAGAAUUGAGGAUACCCAUCGAGGAGCAGAAAUUGCUUCUGUUAGGUCGAGCUCUGGCAGACGAUCAGACAGUACAAUCUUAUCCAUCUAUCAAAAAUGGAACGAAACUAAAUCUUGUAGUGAAAAAACCAGAAGGCUUAUUAGAAGCUUCUAUUAAAUAUUUCAAAAAAAAUGGUAUGUCAGACACCGAAGCAAGGAAUGCAGCUAACAAUUUGCUACAAGUAGUUGAUGAAAAAUUCAACAAUUUAUCCUGGGAUGACGUUGAAAGGUUGAGUUUUGACUGUAUGUUAGAGGAGUGUGGCCAUCCGCGGCCCGCGGUGGAUCCCGACCAGGAUAUGGAUUGUGAUGAGGCGUUUGGAUUGUGA